AUGGCAUUAGCCACCAAGAAUGUAAAAGCUAUAAUUCCACUCCUUGAUCGCGUACUUGUCCAACGUAUCAAGGCACAACAGAAAACUGCUUCCGGUAUUCUAAUCCCUGAAAAAUCUCUAGAAUCUUUAAAUGAAGGAGAAGUUAUUUCCGUUGGUAAAGGGGCAUUGGACAAGCACGGGAAACACAUUCCGAAUCAAGUAAAGCCUGGAGAUCGUGUACUCCUUCCAUCUUAUGGAGGUAAUGCUAUUAAAGUAGGAGAUGAGGAAUAUUCACUUUUCCGUGAUUCUGAAAUUUUAGCUAAAAUUUACGAAAAAUAA